CUUGGAUGAUGCAACCGGGAACUAGAAGACAAGUUGUUGGAUUUUAAAUUUUAAUUAUAACGUGGGUGACAGAAUUCAAGUAUUUCUAGAAUAAAAUUUUUUCCCCAAGUCAAUGGAAAAGGUACCUCUAACUUUAGGUAAUAUUAUGCCUUCAAAAAUCAGAAAUGCUAUUGGCAAAGAAACCACUGGGUCUCAGGACACAGAUGGGAGUCCUACAGCAGUUGGCCUAAAUCCUCAAGUUUCACUCAUGGUGGAACGAUUUGAGAAAGAACCAGCUAUUCAUAAAGAAGAAGUGCAGAAUCCAAAUGUGUUAGAAACUAUACAUACCUUGACUCACGCUCAAACUAGGAGCCAGGUGGUCCAAUUUUUGUUAUUAAUGAAAGAAAUAGUAUCAACCAUUGCCGUUGUCUUGGAGAAGGGCAUAGGAAGGCGGAUGAAUAUAGCUCUUGAAAAAAUUAAUGCAAAUACGGAGAGGAUCAUUUUGUUGAUUCAGUCAUUGGCUGAAAAAUUUAAUUUUCUUAUUCUGUUACCUUUUGAUAGCCAGGUCUAGGGUAGAGGAAUUUGAUGUG